AUGGAACGCAUAAAGCACAAGACGAGACUACCUACAGCAAAUGUGAAUAAAAGUUUGCCUGAGACACCACAGCCUCCUUCCAAGCCAGCGCCACCCAAUGGUAUGCCAAGAUCUCAACCUCAAGUUUUUACUACUUCAACAGUUGGAUCAAGCACUGUGCGACAUCAGUUUCCAAAAACCAAUACUCCACCAACUGCUGUAAUGCAGCCACUAAUAACAGAAGAUGACAUGCAAGCAUACUAUAGUCGGUUGAUCAACUAUGAGUUCAGAAACUUGCAACUAGACUCCGAAGUAAAAUCGAAAUCAUUAUUUGAUCUAAUAGAUUAUUGUGAAUUGCAGUACGAAACGGCGAAUGUCCAACUUCAAACGGGAGCAACAGACCCUAAUGCCACAUUGAAGGGAAUCAAAACUUACAUAAAAGGUUAUCUUGUUUUUAAUUAUUUUAUAAACAGUUUUAUCAUGGUGCAUUUCAAAGGCUUUGAUACGUUUAUUGAAAGCAACGAGCAAGAUUUUAUAAUAUAUUUGAAUAUUUUUGCAUUCUAUAACUCGAACGAGUAUUUUCAAAAUGGAAAUUACUCUAUUCAGUCGGAAGAUUUGCGGGAAUAUGUCAAGAAGUAUCUCGUGGACAAAAACCUAUUAAGCUUCAACAUCGAGGAAUUGUACUCUUGGCUCAACGAAUAUAUCACGUAUUUGAAAGAAAAAGACAAAUCGACAGAAGAACAAGCUUCCGUAUCCUCAUCAAGCUCAUCAUUCUCGUUUGUUGAAGAAGUGUACGCUAUGCCAGAUCUUCGCCAAUCGACACAUUCUAGAAAUUCAUCCAUAACCUCAGAAAAUGAGUUUAAGCAGAAAUAUCCCUCUAUCAAAAGAGUUGAUUCGCCUCCUUCAGAAUUUAUAUCGAAACAGAUACCACCGCCAAUACCGACACAGUUGCCACCUAGUUUGCUUGAAUCAAUAACAGACUUGAAAUCUGUGUCUCCAAAUGCAUCUCCACCUUCGCCUACACCAACACCCCCGAGUCCUCCUCCACAUCGUGUUUCCACAUCAGAAUAUCCCAUUUCAAGUGACACGUUCGUAACAAAAGAAAGAAAUAGAACCUCUUAUCCUGUCCAAGACAAUAUUUUAGGUGCAGCUGUUCCCUCUGAGGAACAAGCUUAUUUCCAACCAAAGUCUUAUAGCAGACCCAAGAAUGAAGUUCCAGAUGGUUAUCUUCGACCAACAGACUACACAAAAACUCGAAUGUACCAUAAAUCAAAUAAUCUAGUCUCUUCCAACGGUAAUAUGAAUGGUUAUGAUCCGAGGCUUGCACAAGGUCAUCAGAUCGACUCACCAAUAGUUCAAGGCAGUAAUGUACAUUUUCCACCACCACCACCACAACAACAACCUAUUUAUCACCAACCAGUACAACCAAUACCGUACCAACCAAACAUGCAGCUAGCGCAACCAAUCCACCAACCGUAUUCUUAUUACCAACAACCAAAUCAACCGAUCUAUCAUGCUCGAAAUACUCAACCCCAAAUGUACCAACCACCAGCACAUUAUAACAAUACACAUUCCCACGUGCCUGCACAUGUUGUACAACAGCAAGAACAAAUAAAGCACCAGAAAAAUUCGAUAUUGAAGGAAUACUUCAUUUGUGGGCUAAGGAAUUUUGGUUCCUCAUGCUACAUCAACUCCACCAUUCAGUUGUUGUUUGGCGUUUACCCUUUUAAAUCCAUUUUCAACCACGGAUAUCAGAAGUAUGUGAAGGACCCUAAGUAUUUGAAAAUACUUGCCAAACCUAAUAGCCACACAAAAGAAUCUGUGCUAUUAAGUGAAGCUAUAUCUGGACUCUUGAGGACUUUCCAACAGAACGGUGGUGUGUCGGUUUCCCCCACCAAGUUUAUUCGAGUGACUUCAUUAUUAAAGCCAGAUUUCAAUAUUCCACAUGAGCAACAAGACGCACAAGAGUUUUUGCUAUUUGUUUUGGAUAGACUACAUGAGGAAUUGGCAGAUAAACGACAAGACAACUAUGACCCGGAGUUGUCUGUCCAGAAAUGGAGGAUAAAUAUCAACAUGGAGAAUAAGGACAAGUACAUGGAGUGGUGCAAAUCAUUACAUGAACACGAAGGUAGCUCGCCAAUCAUGGAUUUGUUCCAGGGUCACUUGCAGAACAAAUUGAAAUGCAACAAAUGUGGGUAUGAAUCAGUUAGCUAUUCUCCGUUCAGUAUUUUAUCAUUACCUAUACCAAACAAUUACAAAAAUGAAGUCAACUUAAGCGAUUGCUUACGAUAUUAUAUCCAAGAUGAAGUGUUAUCAGGAGAGAAUGCAUGGCACUGUCCUAAAUGUAACGGCGAGGUCCAGACAUUAGAAAACCACCCAGUUUUUGAAAAUAAACGAUCAGGUAUUUUCAGGCUAGGCGGGAAGAAAAAACACACCAAGAGCCAACAGACGCAAAACAACAGUACAAAUACCAUCUCCACCAAGAGUAUCAACUUUGUUAAGUUACCAACAAUCUUAUUCAUUCAUUUGUCCCGAUUUUCCAUGUACAAUUUAACAGAUAAAUUAGAUACAAUGAUUAAAUACCCUUUGUUAUUAAAAUUCAACAACCAGGGCCACGAGAUCGUUUAUAAAUUAACAGGUAUGAUCAACCAUUUUGGUAAUUUGAAGAGUGGGCACUAUACUUCUUUAGUUAACAAGUCCACGGUUCAUGAAAAGUUGCAGAACUCAGAUAAUUUGAAACGCCCAUGUUGGUGUUUAUUUGACGAUGAACAUGUUCGUUCAAAUUUGGCACAUGGAGCUUUAAAUCAUCCACACGAUGAAUUGGUGUCUAGAGAUGUUUAUGUUUUGUGUUAUGAAAGAAUAGAUGUAUAG